AUGUGGCGACAGCGCCUGAUGUCUCCAUUAUUGCCAAAUGGAGAGCAGACUGAUUAUCUACUCAAGCAGUAUGAAGCUAUCCAAAGUAACUGCUCUACCUCAUUUCCAGUUACAACCUAUGGCACAACUCUCUCUGUGGCUACUGCGACGGCAACAGUGUCAAAAUCCACCGCACUUGUUACAAGUUCUACGUCUAGUGCAUCAGCUACCUCAACAUCAUGCCUCGGACAACUUAUUCAGCCCUUCGAUGAGUAUCGAUCGUGUUUCAAUAUCUCUGAUACUUAUAAUGUCAGCACAGGUGCGAUUGUUGCAGCAACAGGGGAUCAAGGUUGCGAGUUCCACUCGCCCAUUUGUCUUCCAUUUCCUUGCGAGAUCGAUGUGGUCUGGGAUCAUCCCAGUUGCCAAGAUCUAGCUACACGAUACUCCACUGAGAGCAACAACAUCACUUUGACUCAGUUCAUGGCCUGGAAUCCGACUAUUCUAGGGUCGUGUGGAUUUGUUAGUCACGUUCAACGAGUGUGCAAAAGUCCCCCAGGUAGGCAGUUUACAGCUACUGCGGUUGUCUACGCCCCAACCGCAGCAGGCUCAUAUUAUUCUACAGCAACCCCGGCGGAGCCAACCCAAGCUGGAACUACAUCGGAUUGCGGCCUUUUCUAUGACGUUGUUUCAGGAGAUACUUGCAACUCUGAAGAAGUCUAA